AUGGCGAGUCCGGUGAGGGUAGUGAAGUUUCAUCUUUUUAACUGUGAUAACACGUAUAGCUUGGACUCAGUAGAAACCUUGUUGCUCAAAAUGGCAGACGAUCUUAACCUCAAAGUAUUGGUGGAUAAGCGAAAUUUUCGCCUUCAGGAAAAGGCGGAUUUGUGUGAAAAGACUAUUCAAAUGCUACAGCUGGAUUAUGCCGUCUUUGUUGUCAACGCACAUGAAUCUCGUCUCUCCAUCAACGAAGACAGCGCUGGUAUUGGUUACGCGAAGAUUUACAGAUCGUUACUGAAAGCGACAGGAGACAAAGUGUUGAUCGUCAUUGGUGGGGAUGAUGAAUACAGAGAUAGAGACGAAGAAGCACAGGUUGUUUUGUCACGCUGGGCACGAAGGAAAGUGGAGUCACAGUUUGAUGCGCAGUAUCUCGAUGGAAGAAAAAGCUUCAUUUUUUCUUGGAAUAAAGGUCACAGAGAAAUCCACGAGAAAGCAUUAGAGCACUACCUUGACCCGAGUAAGAAAGGAAAAAAGUUUCAGUAUGUACCAAAACAAAAGCCGACAACCUCUCGUCCACCAGUCAAUGAUUCUCUGGUAGCGCACAGAGAAAUUCACGAGAAUGCACCAGAGCACUACUUUGAUCCCCGUUUGAAAAGAUCGAAGUUUCAGGCAGAUCCUUUCAAUGCCCAACCGGAAUUUCUUGAAGACAACAUUCUGUUGGACACGGUCAUGCGUUUUGGCAAAAUCUCCUACAAAGAAGAGGAUGUGAAGGUCUGGGAUCAAAGCUGGGAGCCAUCGGAAAAAGUUGUUCGCCACCUGUUGCAAGUUUGGAUGUUUAAACCGCUUGCGAAUGUUAGAUUUGUCGCUAAAGCUAACGGUGGGGUAUGUUACAUUGUGAGACCUCGCGGUUUUUGUUAUGGGCUGUUUCUUAUCCUUUGGGCGUGCAUAAUAAGUUGUUUAAAGUUGAGCAGGGAUUGCCUUUUUCGAAUGUUUCAAUACUUGUAUGGGAAAUUAUCAAGGUGUUUUGAAUGGUUCAGGGACCUAAUUAAGCGAUGUACAUGUCGAACAAGGGAUUGCCUUGCUUGGAUGUUUCAUUACCUGUAUGAGAAAAUAUUUAGGUGUUUUGGAUGGCUCAGAGAACGAACCAAUCGAUGCUGAAUCACUGUUAGAUUUAUGUCCCGUUGGACGUAACUUUAAAAAUGACCAGCUUUUUAUUAAGUACGAGUUUGAUAUUAUGUAAUCGUGAAUUUUUUUUUCGAGUUUCACAGCCUACCUCAAAUUUAAAAACACGAAGCGUACUUCUUUGUCAUAACUGGCAUAUUUAAAGGAAGUGUGUCAUGAUUGUGAGGUAGCGAACGCCUGUGAAAAUACAUCACCCGCGUUCGUCCAACCAGAGACACGAACGAUAGUACUUCACAGCGUAAAUCUCAGUGUGUAUGAAAUAAUUUAGUUUACGCCGCACUGAAUCUUCGUAAUUAAUGUUAGAAUAUUAAUCUGCACUAAGUGUGCAUUG